AUGAACACUGCAAUUAGGCGACGAAGCGCAUACGUGUGUCGGAGCUGUACUCAAAGUCUCCAGAGACAGCUGCGGCGAACCUAUGCGAGCGCAACCGCGCAACCAGACAUUUACGAUGUGGUCUGCGUCGGGGGAGGCCCCGCGGGGCUCAGUCUCUUGACAGCAUUGCGCGCAAACCCGGUUACAGCGCAUCUCCGAAUCGCCCUCGUCGAAGCCCAGGACCUGGCCAAGACCAAAUCGUGGAAGCUCCCCCCAAACAAAUUCUCCAACCGAUGCAGCUCCCUUACACCGUCGUCCGCCUCCUUUCUCGACCAAAUCGGCGCUUGGUCACAUUUAGAGCGAGACAGGGUUCAGGCAUACCAGGAGAUGCAGGUGUGGGAUGGUGUGACGGGGGCACGGAUCGAGUUCGACUGGGCCCCGGGCGCCGCACCUGCUGCCGGGACGACGAUCGCCUACAUGAACGAGAACUUGAACCUUACGUCCGGCUUAUUGAAGCGGAUAGAGGAGCUGGGCGGCGUGUCCGUGUUCGACAAUGCGAAGGUCGAGAAGAUAGCGUACGGGGAGGAAACGGAGGACGUGGAUCUGCGAGAAUGGCCUGUUGUCCACCUAUCCGGUGGCAAGCAGCUCUCUGCCCGGCUCCUGGUAGGCGCAGAUGGCGCGAAUAGCCCUGUGCGGUCGUUCGCCGGCAUCGAGGCUCGCGGCUGGGACUACAACCGCCACGGCGUCGUCGCCACUCUCGAGAUGGAAGGGGAGGGCUGGGGGGGAGAACACCUCAAAACUGCUUACCAACGCUUUCUCCCUACGGGGCCAGUCGCCAUGCUGCCCCUUCCAGGAAAUCAUUGCACGCUUGUGUGGUCGACAACCCCCACCAACGCCUCCCGGCUGAAGAGCCUAUCGGCCAAGGACUUCAUUGCUACGGUGAACGCCGCCUUUCGGUUGAGCCCGACAGACCUCGAGUACAUGCAUACACAAGAGUCAGGGCAGGCCGAGGAGUAUUCCUGGAGACUGGAACACACUCCCCUCGACUAUCGAACUAUUCCCCAGACGGCUGUGGGUGUCCAGGAAGGCACCGUCGCUUCGUUCCCCCUCAAGCUGCGGCACGCAGAUACCUACAUCGCGGAGCGUGUGGCUCUGGUUGGCGACGCCGCGCACACCAUCCACCCUCUCGCAGGGCAAGGCCUAAACCAAGGCCAGGGCGACGUGCAAAGCCUGGCCAAGGCCAUAGAAUACGCCGUUGGCCACGGGCAGGAUAUCGGCGUCACAAUGGCGCUAGAGCCGUACGCCUCCGAACGCUAUGCGGCGAAUCAUUUGCUUCUCGGAGUCUGUGACAAGCUCCACAAGCUCUACUCGGUUGGCAGCGGUCCCUUGGUGCCCCUGAGGUCGGUCGGCCUAAACGCCGUCAAUGCCCUUGGGCCCCUCAAGUCCUUCUUUAUGAACCAGGCUGCCGGAAACGGGAUCAAAGUCUUCUAA